CGAAGUGGGUCGGUGCUGUUGAAGGUUACGGGACAAAGGCACGGCUGUGCGCGGCAGUGGGCGCGGCUAGCAGGGUAGAAGUUCAGUGAUUACGUACCCUGUGGGCUGUAUCUGAGUUAUAUUCGGUUACAGCUCUGAAGAAUGCUUGAUCUGGAAGUCGUCCCAGAAAGUAGUCUGUCCCAUGAACGAUGGGAAUUCGUUCUAGGCAUGCACUUCUCCCAGGCCGUCUGUGUUAUUCAGCAACAGGUCGGAGUGAUACGAGAUGUCCACAUCAAUUACAGUGACACUAGCCCGCUGGAGCACGAUCUGGUGAUAAACAUGACCCAUGAUGGCAUUCGCCUUCUCUUCGACCCUGUUGGCCAGCGCUUGAAGAUAAUCGAGGUCUAUAACCUGAGCAAGCUACGGCUAAAGUACGGAGGCAGCGUGUUCAGCUCCGAAGAGGUGGCGCCAACUAUACAGCAAGUGGACCAGACGUUCGGCGCCACGCACCCGGGCAUUUACGAUAGGGAGCGCCACCUGUUCCUGCUGAACUUCCGCGGACUCACAUUCCAGUUUCCGGUGGAGCCCAAGUUUGAGCCUCGGUUCGCCGGCGGCCUCGGCUCGCUGCAGUUCCCUGGGGGAGGCUCGCCGCUCGUCUCCAGCAUGAGCAUCUACAGCGGCAGCAGCCGCACGGGUACAGAGGCACCUCCCAUGCCCGUGUCGUGCUUCAGCGGACAGGUCUACACAGAGAAGUGUGACGUCAUACGAUCCGAUGACGUCACCAUCGGGGUACGGCUUCGGCUGUUCGCCGCCGGCGACUCGCACCCGGGCCUGGAGGGCGGCCUGGAGACACUGGUGCGCGAGAUCCGCUUCGGUGACUCGUGCCAGGACGUGACCUCGCUGCUCGGCGCGCCUACCAAGGUGUUCUACAAGUCCGAGGACAAGAUGAAGAUCCAUAGCCCGUUCGCGCAACAAGCGCGCGGCGUCCCGGCGGUCCGACUUCUUCUUCAACUACUUCACCCUGGGCAUGGUAUCACAGGUUGUAAUUUCGACCUGGCCGUGGAGCCGCACGCGUCGCUGAUGAACUCGGCCUCCGAGGGCGUGCACAUCCGGGCGCACACCAAGUGGGAUGAGGUGUGCGGCGCGCUGAAGCCCUCCAGCCGGCCGGUGGUGCUCAACCGUGCCUCCACUACCAACACCAGCAACCCUUUCGGCUCCACGCUCUGUUACGGCGUCGAGGACUUCAUCUGCGAGGUGAUGAGCAACGGUCACCUGGCGUCGGUGACCCUGUACCAGCCGGAGGAGGUGUGACCGGGCGCCCACACCCGCUAGCCAACACCAUUGGACCGCGGUGGCCACCGGGGCCGCCACCAACCAGAAAAGUACAAAAAAAGACCGGCUGGUGGCGGCUCUAGUCGGCGGCCCUCGCGCUUGUCUGCGGACGCAUCAAUAUUGGUUAGAGGGUGGCGGCCGGCGGCGGGCGCGGACCGGCGACGUCCGGCGCCCGCCGGGGGCGUCGCGGCGGCGCGCCCCGUCCGCCGGCCGGCCUGCGAGCCGACGAUGGCCGCCGCGCUGGUUAGAGUUAGUCUAGGGAUGGAAUGUGGCGUGUCGGCGAGGCGACGCGCUGGCCUGUGGCCGGCGCGGGGUGUCGCGCCGCCGCGGCUCUUGCGGUUUGUUACCAAGC